GGCGGACGGAUUUAUUUUUCAAGAAUCCCAUGGCCACACUGAUUAUGUGAACUCAUAACAACGUGUUUUUUAUCAAUUAAAAUGCUUUGGAAUUUUUUCUCGUUUGCAAGAAAAUGUAUUACUAAAAACUUUUUUUAUUAAUUUCACGUCUGUGUGGAUUAUCCUUUUGAAUACUUAAUUCAAUAACAAAUAAAAAAUUAUUAUCUUAAAAUUAUGUCCUUUUAUACGAGUAAGACGGAUGUGACAUCUAUUUUAAAGUCGUUUUCUAGUGUAAAACGAAAUCAGGCAAAUGCCGUGGCUAUCAACAAAGUUCGAUUUUCCACACCCAAAGAGAAAGGCCUCGCAGAAUCAGUGCGCGUAGCCCUAGAAGAUCGAAAUUUCCAUCUGGUCAAGGAGUUCACAUACUUCCUCCGGGAAGCAGAACUUAACGAUGACGAGCUUGUGUUAAUCAUGAAAGAUGCUAAACGAAUUGUUCACAAUUUAACUCCGGAGUUUGUAACCGUUGUGGAGGCGUUACUGUCUCUUAACUGGAAGAAGAGAAGUUUAGAGAUAAUAGAUGCUUAUACUGAAUUUUGUAUAGAAUUAAUGGUGGCUCACAAUAGAUAUUUACCUAUUGGAGUGUCCAAACUAAUUGUCCAUUGGAUUCCUGGAGAUUUGGAUGAAUCCGAGUGGGUUAACGGAUGCCCUUCGGAACAUACGCGAAAUGAGUUGAAACCCAUCCAUAAAGUACUGGAUCGCAUCCUAACUGCCGUGCCAAUGGCAUUUGAUAUUAUCAUAGAUGCCAUAUCCGCCAAAUUCCCCUAUUUCAAAAAACCGUAUCAUGUGACGGCAGGGUAUCUGUAUAACGUGCUUUGGUUAUUAGAGUACAAGCCUAUAUUCGAGGAACUUGUUUUUCAACUUGUUUUGCAAAAGCUUUUAUUAUUAGAUGUUAACGCUCCAAAAGAUGAAAUUGAAUUAGAAAUUAAUGAUCAGGAUGACAAAAUGGAAGCGGAUACGUUGUUUGAAAUAGACGAUGUAUUUGUCGAAAAUUUAAACAAAUCUGGAACAUCUGUGAAUCAUCCUGUUGGCAAAACCUUGGAUGUAUGCCUAUUCCUGCUUUAUAAGUUUUUUGAUGGCAAAUGUCGCCUUAAUGAAAAUACUAGCGACCAACAGCGAAGGACUGCUAAUCGAUUAUUUAAGAUGUUACUUUAUUUAUUUGACGAAGUUUUAUUACCCAGCCACAACACACAUCAUGUGCAAUUCAUCAUUUUUUAUGCAACUAGUCUGCGGUCAGUAUAUUCCGAAGCUUUUCUUGAUUCGUUAUGGGUGAAAGUUCAAAACCCGAAUGUAUCGGCCGUAAUUCGUCAUACUGCGGUGGGAUACAUGGCUAGCUUUUUAUCCCGCGCCAGGUUUUUGCCACUUAGUUCUGUUAUUUUCUACCUAAGAGAAUUGACAAAAUGGGCUCAUACUUACAUAGAUGACUCGGAUGCAUAUAAGCAGAAUUGCUCUCUGAAAGCCAAUUUGGUUUUUUAUUCUGUUUGCCAAGCUGUGUUCUAUUUAAUUGCAUUUCGCGCAAGGGAUUUGACUGCCAGUUCAAAAGAUCUGCUCUUCCUCCAAUCCCUUCAACUGUCGCGCCUUGUCAUGUGUCAUUUAAAUCCUCUGCGGUAUUGUUUAGCUCCAGUGGCAACAGCAUUCGCUGGUGUUACAAGAACUUACCAACUGGCCUAUUGUCAUACUGUUUUAGAGCGCAACGCUCGCCGUAAGCUUGCUACAGUUUACGGCCAUGAAAAAUGCAUGCCCGAUGAGACGCUGGAAUCGUUUUUCCCCUUUGAUCCUUAUGUACUUAAGUUAUCAAAAAAAUAUAUUGAAUCCAUUUAUAUGGUUUACCAGAGCAAUGACACGGAUGAGUAUGUCUAUGGGUCUAUCAAAUAUGACCGUUCCAGAAAACGUGGUGACUCUGAAAUGCUAGAGGAAGACGAAUUCCUUAUAGCGGACAAACGCCAAAAGAAUUUCGAACUGUCUAAAAGUCAAGAAUUUGAAAAACAAUUUCACUUCGGAUCCUCGCCAGGAUUUUACAAAUAAGUCGUACUUAUGUUUGCUUCGAAUUACCAAUAAAAAUAAAUUAGAAAUCUAAUAAAGUCCUGUACUCUAUG